AUGUCAACGCGGAACAGCCAAUCUAUCCGGUCCAGCUGCGACCGAUGUCGCUCUCACAAGCUCAAAUGCACUGUUUCCCCAGAAGACUCACGCUCGGGGCCCCAUAAAUGCACGAGAUGCAUCAGGGCACAGGUGACAUGUGUUUUUGGCCCGCGAAGCCAAUCAAAGCGGAGCGCCAGUAAUAAGAGCAAGCCCGACAAGUCCAAGCCUGAGCCUCCACAGAAGAGUUCACCGCCUGGCCGUUCAUCGUCUCUUGCUGGGAUGAACCUAGGUUCGCCUGGGGCUUGGACCCCGUGGAUCGACGAGCUUGCAUGUCAGGAAACUGAGGAGCCGCUGGCUAUUGAUAUCAGCACGGCUGGUGACGGCUCAAGUCUGAGUGAUGGAGAUUUCUGGGCGGAUCUGGGGAUGAGUCAAGGGUUAAAUAUGCUGGACCUUGCGCCGUCUGCUAUGCCGACAAACACUUAUCACGCGCAGUACGCGACUGCUUUUGAUCACAUUGCACCAACUGUGACCGAGGCUGGGCACUUGAUGGACAUAUCGGAGUCUUCGGAGCACACUCCGCCACAUGCCAUUGUGCAACUGUCAAAUCUUGUAACAAAGAUCCACGAGACCUCAAAGUCGCUAGAAGAGUCUCCGUGGUCCAAUAUUCCCGACACAAAACAGCUGCGAAACUACCCAAUUGGCCGCGUAUUGAGCCUAUCUCAGGAUUUCUGCUCCAUCCUCAGCUGUAUCUGGGGCAAAAGUUCCAUCUCCUCCGACGGCCAUUCGUCAGGAAACGGAAGUUCUCCAACGCCGUCGGCAGAGAUGCUCGAUUAUGCCGAAGUGCUAUCAUCUAUCAAAAUGACACAAGAUCCAACCACGAGCUCCUCCAUGGCCGCUUCGGUCGACAUGCCGACGAUGCUACUCGUUCUGAGCUGCUACACAUCCCUCAUCAAGCUGUACAGCCUAGUAUUUGCCCAUUUCCAGAAUCACCUCUCUCAUCUCCCCGAAACUCCGUCUCCGUACUCUUCCCAGACAGCGCUGGCCUCUCAUAGGUGGGGCUUGCAGCUCGGAGAACUGCCCUCCGCGGACGAGACGUGCACCAAGAUUUGCACGGCCGUUCAGGUUCUCCUCGAUGCGUUUCAGUCCGUGGAAGAUGUCGUUGGCCUUCCGCGGUCCAUCAGCGCCGUGAGGCAGAAGACAUGUGAUGUUGACGGGAUGGACUUUAGUGCUGAGCUGGGGAGGACGUCGCUUUGGACGGAUUAUAUGGUGCACUUUGUCUUCAGGUCAACUAUAAUCAUGGCUGAUACUGAGGAGUGUGAGGAGAUGAGGGAGUUGUCUAUCAAGGUUAGAUCACUGAAGGCGUUGAUCAGGGAAAAGAUGAAUCUUUAA